AUGGGGCGGCACGGCUCAGGGGAGCCAGGGGGACUGGAGCGGGCCACCCCGCAGGAGCCCCAGGGGGCAGUGUCCCCUCCCCCACUGGGAGCCGGGUGCAGACCACUCGGUCCCCACCGAGGUGCCCGGAGUCCGCGUGAGCGAGGCUGCGUGGAGGGGAGAGGCAUCCUUGCAGACCUGCCCUGGGUCCGCUGGAGGCAGAGGCCGGCGCUGCCCUGGGACACGAGGGUCCAGCACCCGCCCCUGAGGCCCGCUCUCUCUAACGGGCCCGUCAUAAUGCCCUCGUCGUCACCCCCUGUUCACACCCCUCCUCCACUGCCGAGCGAUCCUUAG